CGCUGUGAGCUUCAAGAGACGUAAGCUCAUUUCUGGAUUAGCUCAAGUCGUGUCAAGUAACCCAGCGCAACUACACAAAGUAGGAAUGUUCUCUGGAGGCUUCAAGCUACAGUGGAUGAUGGUGGCAACUGUGGCAUUGACGCUAGUGGCGGCGACGACAUCUUGCGACGUCACUGGCUCAGAGAGCUCUUCGGCCUCCGGAUCGGUCGAAGACUGGAAUGAAGCAGGCACAGAUGUCGACGGCGAGGGCGAAGAAACCACCUUUGACCCGCUGGAUGUUGGUGGAAAUGGUUAUGGUUACGGUCAAGGUCAAGGUCAAGGUUGUCCGGAAGAUGCGCUGUGGUGUCCGUCGUUGGGCCAAGGACUAUCCCGCGACCCGAACAACAAUUGCGAGUUUCCCCCGUGCCCACCCUGAUGACAUUGCUUCUGAUAAAAACUGCCAAAAUACACUCUGCUCUGGCAAGUACAAACGGACUAGGCUCGAAAUAAUCGAUCGAUAUGUUUCUUCC